CGGUGGGCACUCUGUUGAGCGAAUUGGUCCCAUUAGACAGACCGACCACGUUUUCUUUCACUUCUGCCUUCUUACUGCGAAAGCAACCCGGUUGCACUAAGCUCCCUGAGAGUAAUUUUCCAAAUUUUUUGUUAGGAAAUCUUCGUAAAUUUUAAGAUGGCGAAGCAGAAGGGCGAAAAGAAGAAAUCGACCAUUAAUGAGGUGUUGAGCCGAGUUUACACCAUCAACCUCCAUAAGCGACUUCACGGGAUCAGGUUUAAGCGCAGGGCACCUCGCGCCAUCACCGAGAUCAGAAAAUUCGCCAUGCAGCAAAUGGGAACAGCCGACGUCCGAAUUGAAGAGACGGUCAAUAAACAAGUUUGGUCUAGGGGAGUUAGAAAUGUACCCUUCCGACUUAGAAUCAAGCUUGAACGGAGGAGGAACGACGAUGAAGAUUCGGUUCACAAGCUGUACACCAUAGUAACUUACGUCCCCGUUUCCAGCUACAAAGGACUUCAGACCCUCAACGCCGAGUCUUCAAAGUAAUCUUAAUUCGAGCGUUUUUAUUACUCCUGUGUUAACUGGACUGGAUGUCAAUAGUUGCAUCAUUAAAAUAAAGUCGCUUUGAUUUAAAAAUUAACAA